CCCAUAUUAUCCGCACAAGCCUCUUCAGGCCGUGACAUUCAUGAAGAUGUAACCAGUAAUUGAAAGAUGGAAUUUGGUGGUUUUAUCCAGAUUCCAUAUUACUUAAGGAAGAUCCGCCGAGUCUUGUUCGAUCCUUUAUACUUCAGCUGGAAUAAUUUUCAACUUUAAUUGUUCCAAAAAUGAGCUCCACAGCUUACGCCUCUCCGGUAGAGCUUCAAGACAAGUCUACCGCAAUUCGCCGACAGUCCGUAUAUUCCUAUUAUAGGUACUGUUGCAUCAGGGAUAUCGUACCUAGGAGCCCCGCUUGUCACUCCUUUUAUAAAAUGGUAUUCGAAAUAUCAAAGACAAAUGAUAUUGGGCCGCUGUGCCUUGGAGGGCUUGCCGCAGGGUCCUUCGCCACAACUCUCAGUGUUCUCAUUUUCUCGCAAGGCGUCAUAUACGGUAUAGGAUUCGUGAUAUUCUAUUAUUCUAUACUCAGCUUUGUGAAUGAAUUUUGGGAGAAUUGCAGACGAGAUGGACUUUGGACCCCGACUAUAGCCUAUCUGCGGCAGAGGGUUACCGGACAUUCGCUGCAGCAAACAUCAAACAAUCGCUUACUUUAGAUGUUCUCAACGUGUCCGGAUUGAGAGCUAGAGCUGAUCUCCCCUUUUGGGCUCCUGACUG